AUGGCAGAUGCGGAUGAAGAUGUCAUCCCUUCAACCUCCGCGUCUGGUCCCGACGACCUCGAAGACGAAACCCAAGAUUUCCGGUUCCUCAGCCAAUUGACCUCCUCGUCCAAGAACGGGCAAGCCAUAAUCCCCAAACGCGGCACAAAGGACUUCGAACCAAACCCUACACGUUCGCAGGCAUCUGCCCUUGAUGCGUCUCGCCUGGCGAUGCACACAAUCCUCAGUGCGGUGCGGGUUCAAACGGGCAAAACCCACAUCGUGGGACAGUACUUUUCAAACGAAGGUGACUGGCGAUGGGACGGUACCGGGGCUGAAGGAAGACAUGGCCGGUGCGUUGUGGUGUACAGAUUCAAGAGCCCUCAUUUGAAGGUCAUGGGCCAGGCAGACAGGAACAACUGGGUCUGGCUGUUGCCUGAAGAGGCUUUGUUUCUGCUAGAAAGAGGAAAUCUCGAUAUCCGAUGGCCGGGCGUCAAUGACGAGGAUGAUGGUAUACCAAGCGGGAGUGAGUACAGGUCCUCCAACGUCACCGCCUCGGAGGAAGGUGCUGCUGCAGUAGAACAACAAAAUGUUGAACCACAAAAGGGAGCUACAAGUUCAAGCGCGGAACCGUCCCUAGGCGAACUCCCCAUGAGUCUCCAAGGCGCCUACGCCAGCUUCAUUGGCAAGGAUGGCUUGACGUUGGAGCGAUACACAGUCUAUGCAGGGCUCAAGAGAGCGGGAUAUAUUGUUCAGCGGGCGCCGACCUGGAAUGAUACAGAUGUCGCUCAAGCGAACGGACACAGUGACCAUGCUCCAAGUCCGCCCGUUGCACCAUCUGCACCGUCAACAGCGAUAUCGGGCGGAUCUCAAUCUCGAGGGCCAUUCGCAUCUCUGGUCCACAGGUUGGUAUCAUGGCUCUUGCAACCUCGUCAAGGCAAGUCCUGUCCCUCACUCGGGCCGUUGGUUGCUCCGGGUUUGUACAGGAACUACGCCGAUCUAUUCCACGCGUUGGCGUUGAUUCCGUACCACGAGCCUUCCAGCACCCAUACAGCUGAGAGCUCAAACUCCAUAUCCUCACCGCAACCGCGGCCGUCUCAAGCACCCUACCGCAUCCACUUCCACGUCUGGAAACCCAACGUCUCCGGCACCUACAAGAAGACCUCACCACCUCCAGAGGACUAUCGAAUCUGCGUCAUCGAUGCGCGCUCGACGCCGUCGAUUCCCUCUUUGUCAGAAAUCGGACCUCUCCUCGACAGUCAGCCCGAGGAUUCCCUUUCCAGAGCGCAGGCAGGCAGGUUAGAGACGAGGCUCAAGCACGGCAGACGGAACGUGUUACUCGCGGUGGUGGACGCGGGUAUCGUGAGUUACCUGAGACUAAGCGACGCGUGCUUCGGUGCCGACAAACUGUAUGAGGAGAAGACCAGAGCAGGCACCAAGGGUCGGCCCAAGAGGAACCAAGGCCGAGGGCCAGGGCAAGGACAGGGACAAGGACGAAAGUAG